AUGGGUGUCUGGUGGGAUGCUUUUGCCCAGCAAGAGGUAUUAGGCAAGGGGAUCCUCUGUCCCCUUACCUGUUUAUUCUGUGUGCUAAGGUUCUUGGGUUCCAACUCCAUCAGGCGGAAUGAAAUGGAUUAUCUUGGGGAGGUCGCAACCUCUCAAAGAGGACCCCGUUUGAACCAUUUAUUUUUUGUAGACAACAGUCUCCUUUUCUGCAAGGCUAUCUCACAUGAUUGGAAGUGCCUUGCCUUUAUAUUGGAAUGUUAUGAAAAUGUUUCAAGGCAAAGGUUAAACAGAGACAAGACGGUAGUCUUUUUUAGUAGAAAUACUAGUGCCGAUGCUCAGGCUCUUAUUCUAAAUCUGACGGGUGUUCCAUCCUCGCAACAGUAUGAUCACUAUUUGGGGCUGCCGGCUUUGGUUGGUAAAUCCCAUGUUAGGGAAUUUCAACAUAUUACUGAUAGGGCAAGGAAAAGAAUUUUAGAUUGGAAGGUGAAAUUUCCUUCACAAGCUGGGAAAGAUAUUAAAGCUGUUCUUCAAGCAAUUCCUACUUACAUCAUGAGUAUUUUAUUGCUCCCAAAGAAGCUAUGUAAUGAUCUCAUUGGUCUUAUGCAACAGUUUUGGUGGGGCCACAAGAACGAUGAGAAGAAAAUACAUUAG